CUGUCCAUCCCACCUAUCUCCAUAACCCACCCCUCAGCUACUCUGUCCAUCCCACCUAUCUCCAUAAACCUGCCCUCUUCUGAUUUCCGUGCGACAUAUUUUGUUCCAACUGUGCUGUUUCACAUACAUUCUGAACCGGUUUAAUCGCAUAGUAUCUACAACUUUGCUUCCUUCCUCCAUGAUGGAGUUCCUGUCUCUCUACCAGCUGACCCUUCAGAAGCAGGCGAUGGAGAGGGAUACAGACGCUUUGAAAGAGAAAGUCAAAUGGACUGAGGGUGAACUGAAGGAGAGCCAGAAGAAAGAGGCCCAAACACAAACCAAACUAACGGAGUCACUGUGUGAGAGGGAGGGGCUGAAUGUAACACUGGAGCAGAACAGGAGGAGAGAGACAGGACUGGAGGAGGAGGUGAAGAAGCUGGCAGAGGCCCUCAGAUGCAUCAAAGAACUAGAAGAUCAGAAGACGGUCCAACCCACUGCUGCUCCAAUGGCUCCAGUCCCGUUUAGCCCUGCCGGACAGAGCUUUGCCCCGGUCUCACAACCACGACAUGGCCACACCACCCCACGCACAACCUCGGCUCAGACCAACAGACCUGCUAGAGGGGAACAAACGAGGGAGGAGCGAGAGGAGAGAGGGAACAAGGGACAGAGAGCAAAGUACCCCACAGAGCGAGAGCCUGGCGAGGGCAUUGACUCGGAGCACAUCACUCUGUUUGGAUCCACAGACUCUGGCAAAACAAAGAGGGCAGGAGAAAGGGGGAAAGGGGAGGAGAGGAAACGAGAGAAUGAGAGACAAGACGAGGUAGAGUCGGUAGUAGAUGGCUGCAUCCCUGGAAAGGAUGCUUCCACCAAGGACAAAAAUUCACUCAGCACACAGAGCUCUCUUUCUGACACAGACCACAGUCCCCACCUCACCAGCUCCGCUGGCUCCGACACAGACUACGAGAGCGAGACCCUGUCCUGCACUGGCUGAACUUGAGAUAAAGGUCAGGAGAGAUGGGGAGGACAGGGAGAGGGGGGAGAGAGAGAAGGAGGAAAGGAAAGAGAGGGAGAGAGAGGACAGGGAGAGGGGGGAGAGGAC